AUGUUGAAACAAAUUACCGCCUAUGACACGAAAAUCUCGCUUCAAUGGGCUAUCUGUGCUCGACUAGAUUCCGCUUAUAUAUCAUUUCGAAAACUCGCGAUUCUGUUAGAAUUUUCUGGUUCAGGUUAUGUUUGGAUUCCGUAUGCAAUCAUCAUGAUCGCCCUUCAUUACACAUCGAUACAUGAAGCCAUGCGAUUCAUUCUACUAUUCACUGGUCUCAUGUUUGACAUUGCGAUUAUUGGAACUACGAAAGGUCUAACGCGUCGACCACGACCAAUUGUUAACCAUAACGAUGUUUUAUCCAUAGGACCUGAUAAAUUUUCUUUUCCGAGUGGUCAUACAUCUCGUGCGGUGUUUUUACUUUUUUACUUUAUUCAAACAUCUUUCUUCAAACAUAUCCCAUCGCCAGUCAUCAUCAUUUGGUUAAGUCUAGUUGUUGCGUCACGAGUGAUACUAGGACGACACUAUGUAUCUGAUGUGAUAGCAGGCAUUUUCUUUGGCAUUUUCGAAUGUUCAGUUAUUGUACGUUUGACUCCAUUUGUUACGCGUCUUGUUUUUUCUAUUUUUGGUAUUCCACAGUAA